AAAAGAAAAAAUACAAUGUCUUGUGAAGUCUUCUCGGAUAACGAUUAACGACACAAAGGAAAUGAUGAUACAACUAUUAUGUAUACAAGGAACCCAGCAAAACGUCCCGACACACGCUCGACUUUCUGUCCAACCAAGAAACCUUCUCAACUGAAUUACAACCAUGAAUCUACUUCCGCCGGAGGACCCGAAAAUCGCGAAGAAACAAGGCUUCCGGUCUCUGAAGCUCUUGAACGUGGACUUGGAGCAGGUUAUCGGAGAGCAGCCAUUCGGAGUUGACUAUGGUAGACUUGACAAUGGCCUCUUUUAUUAUGUCCGCUCCAAUCCCAAGCCCAGAAUGAGAGCUGCCCUUGCUCUCGCCGUUAAAGCCGGAUCGGUUUUGGAAGAGGAGGAUGAGCGGGGAGUUGCUCACAUAGUUGAACAUCUUGCUUUCAGCGCCACUACAAAAUACACAAAUCAUGAUAUUAUCAAAUUUCUUGAAAGUAUUGGAUCGGAAUUUGGUCCUUGCCAGAAUGCAAUGACAUCUGCUGAUGAUACAGUUUAUGAGCUGUUCGUUCCUGUUGACAAGCCUGGACUGUUGUCUCAGGCCAUUUCAGUCUUGGCAGAAUUCAGCACAGAGGUUCGCAUCUCAAAAGAGGAUUUAGAUAAAGAAAGAGGUCCUGUGAUGGAAGAAUACAGAGAGGGUAGAAAUGCCACUGGAAGGACGGUGGAUGCAAAUUGGGUUUUGAUGAUGGAAGGUUCAAAGUAUGCUGAACGGUUACCAAUUGGAUUAGAGAAGGUGAUUUGGACUGUAUCAGCUGAGACUGCGAAGCGGUUUUAUAAGAAAUGGUACCAUUUGAGCAAUAUGGCUGUGAUAGCUGUUGGAGAUUUUUCUGAUACACAGAGUGUAGUUGAGUUAAUAAAGACUCAUUUCGGGCAUAAGACUUCAGAACCUGAGCCUCCACUUAUACCUGCAUUUUCAGUUCCAUCUCAUGAAGAGCCGCGCUUUUCAUGCUUUGUUGAAUCCGAAGCUGCCGCGUCGGAAGUAGUGAUUAGCUAUAAGAUGGCAGUGGUUGAGCUGAAGACAGUAAGAGACUGUCGAGAUUUACUUGCAGAAUCCAUGUUUCUUCACGCUCUGAACCUGAGGUUUUUCAAAAUAUCUCGUAGAAAGGAUCCACCCUAUUUCUCAUGCUCGGCUUCUGCAGACAAUCUUGUUCAUCCAUUAAAGGCUUAUAUAAUGACCUCAUCUUGCAAAGAAAAAGGGACAAUCAAGGCCCUAGAAUCAAUGCUGACUGAGAUUGCAAGGAUACGACUACAUGGCUUUUCAGAAUGUGAAAUAUCUAUUGUUCGAGCUGAACUGAUGUCGGAUAUUGAAUCUGCCUAUUUGAAGCGUGAUCAAAUGCAAUCAACAAGCUUGCGAGAUGAAUAUUUACAGCAUUUUCUGCGCAACAAUCCUGUAAGUGGGAUUGAGUACAUGGCUCAACUACAAAAGACCCUUCUUCCUCAUAUCUCGGCAUCAGAUCUAUCCAAAUAUGCAGAAAAGCUACGAACGUCAUGUAGCUGCGUCAUUAAAACAAUUGAGCCACGAGCUUUUGCAGUAGUAGAUGAUCUUAAAAAUGUUGUAUCAAAGAUAAAUAAUCUUGAGAAAGAAAACAAAAUUCUCCCGUGGGAUGAAGACCAAAUUCCAGAAGAAAUUGUUACUUUGAAACCAAAUCCAGGGUAUGUUGUGCAGCAGUUUGAAUAUUCAAAUAUAGGAGCUGUUGAAUUGCUUCUGUCAAAUGGCAUGAGAGUAUGCUACAAAUGUACAGAUUUUUUUGUGGAUCAGGUUGUGUUUGCAGGGUUCUCUUAUGGUGGUCUAUCGGAACUCCCCGAAAGCAAUUACUUUUCUUGCUCAAUGGCGGAAGCCAUUGCUGCAGAAAUUGGUGAAUAUGGUUACAAACCGUCUGUGCUAGUGGAUAUGCUUGCUGGUAAGAGAGCGGAAGUUGAUAAUACAAUCGACGCAUAUAUGAGAUUGUUCUAUGGCGAUUGUUCACCCACGGACCUCGAAACUGCAUUGCAGCUUGUAUACCAACUAUUUACAACAAAUGUAACACCAGAAGAUGAAGUUGUGAAAUUAGUAUUGCAAAGAUCAGAAGAGGAAAUUCGUGCUCAAGAGAGAGAUCCCCACACAGUAUUUGCAAACCGUGUUACAGAGCUCAAAUAUGGAAUGUCCUAUUUCUAUAGGCCUACCAGAAUAAGUGAUCUUCGAAAGGUUGAUCCACUGAAAGCGUGUGAAUAUUUCAAUUCUUGUUUUAAAGACCCCUCAUCUUUCACUGUUGUUGUUGUUGGCAAUAUUGAUCCUACUAUAGCACUUCCUCUGAUAUUGCAGCAUUUGGUAAGUACAAUUACUUAUUUUAUUCUGCCUUUGCCUGGAGACUUUUGCAUAUUGUAUUAUGUUUUGCCAUUUUCCAUACAGGGUGGAAUACCUGAGCCUUCGAAACCUGUUCUCCAUUUCAAUCGGGAAGACCUUAAAGGCCUGCCAUUCACUUUUCCUAGAACCAUAAUUAGGGAAUCAGUUUAUAGCCCUAUGGUGGAAGCACAAUGUUCAGUCCAGAUAAGCUUUCCUGUAGAACUGAAGACUGGGGCCAUGAUAGAAGAGAUUCACUUUGUUGGAUUCUUAAGUAAACUUCUUGAAACAAAAAUAACGCAAGUACUACGUUUCAAGCAUGGACAGAUCUAUUCUGCAGAUGUUUCAGUAUUCCUUGGUGGUAAUAAGUUUUCAAGAACUGGUGACAUUCGUGGUGAUAUCAGCGUCAACUUUUCUUGUGAUCCUGAAAUCUCCUCAAACCUAGUUGAUCUUACCUUGGAUGAAAUUUUACGUCUUCAAAAGGAAGGACCUUCAGAUGAGGAUGUUUCAGCCAUUCUUGAAAUUGAGCAAAGAGCUCAUGAAAAUGGGCUUGAGGAGAAUUAUUACUGGCUGGCCAUGAUCUUAAACAGCUACCAAUCAGAACUCUACUCUGGUGAUCUUGGUGCUUCUUUCGAGAUUCAAGAUGUGGCCCGUUCCAAAGUUAGAAAAUCCCUGACCCCAUCAACAACACAGUUAGCAUUACAAAGAAUUCUGCCUUUUCCUUGCAAGAAACAGUACAUGGCUGUGAUCUUAAUGCCCCAGAAAUCUCGUCUUAAAUCGUUAACAUCAUUUUUCCGAUCAUCACAGACGACACAAGCAAAGAUAUUAGCUGGUCUUGCUGGGCUGACAGUGUUGGUCCUUGGCUUGCGAAGAUAUUCACGAAUUACGCGCAAAUCGUAGGACGCAUUUUCUUUGCAUGGAUUCAUAUAUAUUUGGGAAGUACGUAUGAAGGUUGGCACGACACGGAUUUAGAUGGAUUUUUACUGCAUUCAUUAGAUAUAUGAGAGAUAUCUACUCAUGACAGUUGACUUCCCUUCUAAAAAAAAUUAUCGUCAUAUGAAUAUAUUAAUAUUACAUGAUUGUUUGUAUAUGAUUUUCAUCUUGGAGAUCCAUAUCCCCCAUUUUCUGAAUUUUAUAAUUUAGAAGUUGGAGCAAACAUUUAUAUAGUGAAACUUUUGUUCGUCAUUAUUGGAACCCGGAAACUGUUUCCACAGCAGUGUUAACAAA